CGAUGCAAAAGUAUUAACGUUUUAACUCCUGAAAGCAGGAGAGACAAUAAAAACUGAGAUGGCUGAACAACAACUAGGAGUGCUGAAGGCACUUGAUGUUGCGAAAACGCAACUUUACCAUUUCACGGCGAUUGUAAUAGCCGGAAUGGGUUUCUUCACAGAUGCUUAUGAUCUGUUUUGCGUAUCAUUGGUGACCAAGCUUCUUGGCCGCCUCUAUUACUUCAAUCCACUGUCAGAGAAGCCUGGCUCACUUCCCCCUCAUGUUGCGGCUGCGGUCAACGGUGUGGCUCUCUGUGGGACCCUUGCUGGUCAGCUAUUCUUUGGAUGGCUAGGUGACAAACUUGGUAGGAAAAAAGUGUAUGGUAUCACAUUGAUCAUGAUGAUCGUGUGCUCCGUUGCUUCUGGUCUCUCUUUCGGUAACAAAGCCAAGGGUGUCAUGACCACUCUUUGCUUCUUCAGGUUUUGGCUGGGAUUUGGUAUUGGAGGUGACUACCCUCUUUCUGCCACCAUUAUGUCUGAAUACGCUAACAAGAAGACCCGUGGUGCUUUCAUCGCUGCCGUGUUCGCCAUGCAAGGUGUCGGGAUCUUGGCCGGAGGUUUCGUGGCGCUUGCAGUAUCUUCCAUAUUUGACAAGAAAUUCCCAGCUCCAACAUAUGCAGUCAACAGGGCUCUCUCAACGCCUCCUCAAGCUGAUUAUAUUUGGAGAAUCAUCGUCAUGUUUGGUGCUCUACCCGCAGCCUUGACUUAUUACUGGCGUAUGAAAAUGCCAGAAACUGCUCGUUACACUGCUUUGGUUGCCAAGAACAUCAAACAGGCGACACAAGAUAUGUCCAAGGUUUUACAAGUGGAACUUGAGAUGGAGGAAAGAGCUGAAGAUAUCGUUCAAGACCCUAGACUUAACUAUGGCUUGUUCUCCAAGGAGUUCGCCAAACGACAUGGCCUUCCCCUCCUCGGAUGUACCUCGACUUGGUUCUUGCUUGACAUUGCCUUCUAUAGCCAAAACUUGUUCCAAAAGGAUAUUUUCUCCGCUAUCGGAUGGAUUCCAAAGGCAGCAACCAUGAACGGAAUCCACGAGGUUUUCAUGAUCGCCAGGGCACAAACCCUCAUUGCACUUUGCAGUACCGUCCCUGGUUACUGGUUCACGGUCGCGUUUAUUGAUAUUAUGGGAAGGUUUGCAAUCCAGUUAAUGGGAUUCUUCAUGAUGACCGUUUUUAUGUUUGCCAUUGCCUUUCCCUACGACCACUGGAUUAAACCGGACAACCGUAUCGGUUUCGUGGUCAUGUACUCCCUCACUUUCUUCUUUGCUAACUUUGGACCAAAUGCAACCACUUUCAUUGUCCCAGCCGAGAUCUUCCCUGCCAGGCUAAGGUCCACAUGCCAUGGUAUAUCAGCCGCAACAGGUAAGGCUGGAGCCAUUGUGGGAGCUUUUGGAUUCUUAUACGCAGCUCAGCCACAAGACAAGACCAAGACGGACGCAGGAUACCCACCGGGUAUUGGAGUCAAGAAUUCGUUGAUCAUGCUUGGUGUCAUUAACUUUGUUGGUAUGCUCUUCACCUUCCUCGUCCCUGAGCCCAAGGGUAAGUCCCUUGAAGAGCUCUCCGGAGAGACUGAAGUUGAAAAAUGAUUAAGGCGUCAUAUUUACAGUUCCUUUUAUUGCUUCCCACUACAAGAAAACACAAGUUUUACGAGGGCAGUUUUCCUCGUGAUUUCGUCGUAAAAGCAGUGUUACGAGGAAUUAGCGAGGAAACCCGUUUCGUCGUUAUACGUUUGUCGUAACACAUAUAUCCUCGCUAAUUCGUCGUAACAUAGCGAGGAAAUAAUUUCGUCGUAAAAGCGAAGAGGAAU